CAGGUCGGGUCUUCAUGUCAGAAACAGCGCGCCAACAACCGCUAUCCGGGGAAAUCCUGGUGACGGAUCCCCAUGCGCUCCCAACAGUCCCACAAUGCACUGCGCCCGCAAAGCCACUCGUCUCCUAGCAACUUAAACCAGCGUCGCGUUUGUGUGCGCGUUUCCAUGGGGAGCUGUCGCACGCAGCCUUAUCGCACGCGCUAAACUAGGCGAGGACACUGCGUGCCGUUGGAGCGAGGAGUCUCCGUGCUAUCAGCAAGAAACAGACAACAGCCGAGCAACGGACCGACCCAAAUGGAUCCCAACGGCACGGUGUCGUCUCUUGGCUGAUCGUCCGGAUCCCGCCUCUCUAACCAGCGGAUCAGUUACGGCAGGAUGAGUCUGGAUCUUCAGGACAUGUGAUGAUGAAUCGCUACACCACUCUGAAGCAGCUGGGUGACGGCACCUACGGCAGCGUGCUGAUGGGGAGAAGCAACGAGUCCGGAGAACUGGUGGCUAUCAAGAGAAUGAAGAGGAAGUUUUAUUCAUGGGAAGAAUGUAUGAACCUAAGAGAGGUCAAGUCGCUGAAGAAGCUGAACCAUGCGAAUGUGGUAAAACUGAAGGAGGUCAUCAGAGAGAACGAUCACCUCUACUUUGUCUUUGAGUAUAUGAAGGAGAACCUGUACCAGCUUAUGAAGGACAGAGAGAAUAAGAAGCUCUCAGAGAAUGAAAUUAGGAACAUCAUGUUUCAAGUGGUUUCUGGGUUGGCUUUUGUACAUAAGCAUGGUUUCUUUCACCGAGACAUGAAGCCAGAGAAUCUGCUGUGCAUGGGUCCAGAACUGGUCAAAAUAGCAGAUUUCGGACUGGCCCGAGAGAUCCGCUCUAAACCGCCUUACACAGACUACGUAUCUACCAGAUGGUACCGAGCCCCAGAGGUGCUGCUCAGGUCCUCUACCUACAGCUCUCCUAUUGACAUGUGGGCCGUGGGCUGCAUCAUGGCAGAACUCUACACACUCAGACCCCUUUUCCCGGGGAACAGUGAGGUGGAUGAGAUAUUUAAAAUCUGCCAAGUCCUAGGCACAGUCAAAAAGACUGAUUGGUCAGAAGGCCACCAAUUAGCCUCCGCUAUGAAAUUUCGCUUUCCCCAAUGCGUGCCGACCCACCUGAAGACACUCAUCCCUAAUGCCAGCAAUGAGGCUAUUGUCCUGAUGAGGGAUCUGCUACAGUGGGACCCCAAAAAAAGACCCACUGCUGUACAGACCCUGCGUUACCCUUACUUCCAGGUAGGCCAGAUCUUGGGGCCUCGCCCUCAGAGCCAGGAGGUCAAGAAUUUCCAGGCCAGGCCGCCGGCCCAGAAGCAGGUGUCGGACUCCAAUGCGGAUCCUCAGCAGUCUUCAUCUGAGUCCAAAGCCUCCACAUCCUCACCCAGAAACCAACAGCAUCAGCCUCUUCAGCAGAUUCCCCUUCCCCAGACUGAGAGUAAACCAGGGGGCCACAGCCAUGCGAAAGCUGCGCCGCUGGACGGCGAUAAAAGUGUCGGUGCUGCUGGGCUGGGGGUGCUGAAAAAUGGCCGUCGUCGCUGGGGCCAGACGGUGGUCAGGACAUCAGACAGCUGGGAGGAAUCCGACCCAGCUGAAACCGCCGCCUCCAACUCGAAGAAACCCAGCCUGGGAAACGCGGAGGAGGAGGCGAGCCCGAAGGAGCACCGCCCACAGCCCAAAGAGCAGAAGCCUCUGUAUUCCUUCAGUACAGUCACUAAGCUACCCAACAACGUUAGGAUCGGCCAAAUGGACUCUAAUGUCCCAGGAUCUGCUGCACGGCAGCACUAUCUGAGCCAGUCACGAUACUUGCCAGGUUUGAUCGGCAAGAAUCAGACUUCUGCUGAUAAGAAGCUGAGUGGUUUGACGCUGCGGGACUUGUGGGAGAACUCCUCCAACAGCGUAAAUAAACCGCUGGCUCCUAUUGGAGGAGGAUUAUCGGUCACUAGAGACCACGCAGAAGAGAAUGCUUCUAAAUGUGUCGAUAGCCCACCAGAGAAAACGGUUGUUAAAGAAAGAAUACUAGAGAAAAUCGAUCUCUCCAAAGGGAACUUCAUAAGCACCAAAUACAACCUCUCUGGCGGUUAUAUACCUUCAUUCCAGAAGAAGGAGGUGGGCUCAGUGGGGCAGAGAAUCCAGCUCGCCCCUUUGGAUAGCCAGCACACAAUCAACUUGUCUUCCUCUCCUGAUAAUAAAAAAGAAAAAUUGAAAUCCACAAAGUCCAAGCCUGUAUCCAACUCACCUAUGAGCGAAACUAACGAAGAUUACGAGGGCUGGAAAAGGAGGGCAGACAGAACUCAGAUGAAGGGCAGCAGCUACUCGGCUCUUGGCAAAACCUCCGGGAAUCUCCUGACCAGAGCCCCCCCCGUGCAGCCGGUCCACGGCAGGGUGGACUGGACAUCCAAAUAUGGUGCAAAUCGGUAGUUCAGAAAAGAGGUCGUGCAGCCUCUACCGCUGGUUUGGACAGUUGCCUAGUGAUACACAUCUUUAGCAGGAAGUCAUACCCAAACACACACACACCAACUUGCAUUAACUGCAGUGUGUUCAGCCUCCAAUAUGGAGGUGUCUGGUAGGGGACAAAAAGGAGUCACGCAUUUCUUUGGGGAGACAUUUUCCUCAACACAAUGGCAUCGCUUCGCUCCCAAUGAUGCGUUUGUGAGGGCACGCGGAGCCUCCGUGUUUAGACGAUGACGUUUGCCAUUAAGCUGAACCAAGACGAGCCGGUCUGCUUCACAGUCCCACUGCAUUCCUGAAGGAGCCAGCGUGAGCCAAUUCUGAUGUUUGUGUUAGGGUGUUGUGAGUAAGAUCUAACUGUAGCAUAUCUUAAUUUUUAUACUCAUUGUCAAGUAUUGUAUAUUUUUACUACUGAUGAUAAAAGCAUUAAAUCAGUAAUUUAACAGCUCCUGCAAUGCUUCCUCUGCUUUUGUCAUAACAAAAUCUCCAGUGUAAUGGUAACAAAAAUGAUUACUUUGACUUAUUGUGUACCAAAGCACACCUCUUUGUGUUAUGCAAUUGAUUGAUUGAACAUUUUGUAAACCUUUUAUAUGAAUAAAUACAUGUAAACUUCA